GGCCCGCCCGCAGGGCCGGCCGCCUGUCAGAGGGAGGUGGCGAUGCUGAGCCCGGUGGCUGCGGCGGCGGCUGCGGCGGCUUCCUGGGUCCGACGGCUCGGAGAAGAAGAUGACUGACCGACCGACUGGCUGAAUGAAUGAAUGGCGGAGCCGAGCGCGCCAUGAGGAGCCUGCCGAGCCUGGGCGGCCUCGCCCUGUUGUGCUGCGCCGCCGCCGCCGCCGCCGCCUCAGCCGCCUCCGCAGGGAAUGUCACCGGCGGCGGCGGGGCGGAGGGGCAGGUGGACGCGUCGCCGGGCCCGGGACUGCGGGGCGAGGCCGGCCUCCCGUUCCCUGAGGCCACGGCUCCCACGGCGCAGGCCGGGAGGACCAGCCCCCCGCGCAGCACGCCCGGCCGAGCCCCGGCUGCGACCUCGGGCGGCGGGUCCCCGGAGACCACCCCUCUGCGGACGACCGCCCCAGCCGCCGCCAGCACCUUCCCGGCCACGCUCGGCCCGCCGCCCGCCGCCCCUGAGGAGCGGGGACGCGCUCCCGCCACCUCCCCGCCACCCACCACCCCAGCGAGCCCCGCUGGCCCGGCGCCCAGCACCCCGGGAGUGACCACCGCUGCGGCGUCCCCUGCUCCCGGGACCCCGAUCGUCGAGCCCUCCAGCAGCAGCAGCGGCGGCGGCGGCAGUAGCCGCGUCCCGCCCACCGCACCUGCCACCGAGGCCCCUGCUCCUCCCCCAGAGUAUGUGUGUAACUGCUCUGACGUUGGAAGCCUAGAUGUGAACCACUGCAACCAGACUACAGGGCAGUGUGAGUGUCAGCCAGGUUACCAGGGUCUCCACUGUGAAACCUGCAAGGAGAGCUUUUACCUGCACCCGACUGGCCUCUGCCAGCCGUGUGACUGCAGUCCACAUGGAGCCCUCAGCAUCCUCUGCAACAGUUCUGGGAAUUGCCAGUGCCGAGUGGGUGUCACAGGCUCCAUGUGUGACCAAUGCAGGGAUGGAUACUAUGGCUUUAGCAAGAACGGCUGCUUGCCCUGCCAGUGCAAUAACCGGUCUGCCAGUUGUGAUGCUCUCACAGGCGCUUGUUUAGACUGCCAGGAAAAUAGCAAAGGAGAGCACUGUGAAGAAUGCAAAGAAGGAUUUUAUCAGCGUCCUAAUGCCACUAAAGAAUGCCUUCGCUGCCCUUGUUCAGCAGUGACCUCUACAGGCAACUGCAUCAUAGAAUCAGGUGAACUGGAGCCUACAUGUGUCCAAUGUAAAGAUGGUUACACAGGCCAGAACUGCAAUAAAUGUGAAAAUGGCUAUUACAAUUCUGACAGCAUCUGUACACGGUGUGAAUGUCACGGCCAUGUGGACCCAAUUAAAACUCCAAAGAUUUGCAAGCCUGAGAGUGGUGAGUGCAUCAGCUGCCUCCAUAACACCACUGGGUUCUGGUGUGAGAACUGCCUCGAAGGCUAUGUCCGGGACCACCAGAGAAAUUGCAUCAAGAAAGAAGUUAUUGUUCCAACACCUGAAGGUUCUACCAUUUUGGUUUCCAAUGCCUCUUUGACCACAUCAGUGCCCACCCCUGUUAUAAAUAGUACAUUUGCCCCCACAACCCUGCAGACUAUCUUUUCAGUAAGCUCUUCUGAAAACAGCACCUCAGCUUUAGCUGAUGUGUCAUGGACCCAGUUUAACAUCAUCAUUUUGACAGUCAUCAUCAUUGUGGUGGUGCUGCUAAUGGGGUUCGUAGGAGCUGUGUAUAUGUACCGGGAGUACCAGAACCGGAAACUCAAUGCUCCCUUUUGGACCAUCGAGCUGAAAGAAGACAAUAUCAGCUUCAGCAGCUACCAUGACAGCAUUCCCAAUGCAGACGUGUCGGGAUUGUUGGAGGAUGAUGGCAAUGAAGUGGCUCCCAAUGGGCAGCUGACCCUGACGACACCCAUCCACAACUACAAAGCCUGAGGCGCUGAGUAGUCCUCCCGGACUGUCAAGCCGCAGUGCUUACUAAGCUGGCAUCUGCCUUUGGGCCACACAAAGUUGAGAAAGGCAAAUAGUGCAGAUGAACUGUUGAGUUACAAAGCUCUACGCGCUUAGGCUCUCUGUUGCUCUUAAUUUUCCCAUAAAGGUCUGAGCGUUCAUUGUCAUUGAGGACUUGAAGUAAAGUAUAUUUUUGUAUCAAACCACAUGGGUUUAUGGAAAGGCCGAAUCCCACAGAGCACCCCAAACCUACUUAGCUUCCUAAUGGACUGUUGGGGAAGUGUUCACCUCACCAGCCACAGCAGAAUGAUGGAUGUGGAGGGGAAAAGACUGAUGGACAACUUCGUCUCCAUUCCUGAAAAAUAGUUUUCAAAGGAGAUGCAGGAAUUGCAUUCACUUUACUGUACUGAGGACAUAAGUGAGGAAAAGCAGGUGUCUAGGCUGAAUCACAAUGUACAGUCUUGGUUGUAUCUAGAAUAGGGGCAGAAAGAAGGGCUUGAUUUUUCCUCCCAAGAUUCUCAUUCAAUGAUGGGAUUAAAGCACAAGAUAAGCUUCUAGUGGUGGAGAGCAGGAAACUGAUGGUCCUCAGGGGCUCAGUGUAAAUGAUAAGUUGUCUAACAAUAAGGAAGAUUCCUGCCUCUAGAGAAAUAAGGUGUACAUAGUUAAUGUAGCAUAUCUGUCAACAUUGUGCUUGUAUCUAUUUGUAAAAAAUCAUGUCACAUUUUGUCAUCUAGACUUUAUUUGUACAGCAGUUAAUGGUAUUGUAAAAAGAAAAUAUGGGAAUUGGUUAAAAUACUCUAAAAUAGGUGGCAAUAUUACUAGAGCUGGGACUCUGGUGAGUAUCAGUCGUUUUUAGUCCCUAUUUGGACACUGUUGAAAUUUAUAAAGGGUUGAAUGUUUCUGAUCUUUCCUUUCUUCCUCAACCUAGAGUUAUAUGCUCUUUGACUUACCACAGAUUUAAGCAAUAGAUUCUGAAGUCAGUAAUUGUUUAGCUGGGACACAGGUUGCAUUCUCCAAAGCACUCACCUAAUUAGCCACUCUGUUUUACAUAGAUGAGUAUAAAACAUAUCUUCAGUAAAAGACUUCUCUCCUGAAUGUAAAAGAUAGUCUUCCAAAGGUCAGAGAUUUUGAGUUCAAAAAGAAAAGCUGUCACAUCACUUGAGAUCCCUUAUUUUCAUGCCUGUGAAAUACUUGUCCCCCCAGAACCCCCGCAAUAAGAAGCCUCCUACAUUUGUACAUAACUUGUCACUCCUGCAUCAUGGGUGUGUUUGUCUUCUGUAAUGCUAUAGUCCUUCCAUCUUCUUGUCUGGGCAGAGGGUCACCCUGAAGUUGGGUGUAUGUUUAGUCCUUGCUUUUAGAUGCCAUUUUUUUCCCUGAGGUCAACGACUGUUGUCCUCAUCUGUCAUGUAUCGACAGGUUGUGGCUUAAGCAAGUCAAAAAAGGUGGGCCAAAGCAAAUGUAUACAUUUAUUAGGAGGAACCACAGGCUGAGAAGAGGUUAGGAAAAAAAAUGAACAACUAGACCUAGGAAAUUCAGACUGACCCCUUUGCUUAACUUUCUCAGAGAGGAAAACCUAGAAUUUGAUCACCCUCUGUAGGAGAUCCCUAACUUGUUCUCAGGGUUUGGAGAUGACACUCUAGACUAGAGGGAAUAUGGCUAACCUUAGGGCACUUUGCGUAUUUAGCCAUCUUCAUAAGAGUAGAUGUUACAUUAUAUCAUACUUAACAGUUUAAUGGCUGGAAUGUGGCUCAGGUGACUGAUUGCCUAGCAUAUGUGAGGUGAGUCUUUGGGUUCACUCCCCAGCACUACAAAAUCAAUCCAUAUUCAUAUUGCCCUUUGUCAUUUACAAAGCACUUUUCCAUGUGUGUUCUUCGCUCCUCACUAUAGCCUCCAAACAAAGUAACCUUGUACCUAUUUUACAGAAGAGGAGACUGAGGCUCAGAGGCUAAACUGUUCAGGGCUAUACAGUGUGCAUCAUUAUUAUGCUUAGAAUCAGAACUUCAACUCUACAGCAUAGUCUUUUGACUAAAUGCUAACAUAGAAAUCAGCUAGCCAAGGGCCUAGGAGGCUGGGAAGGAAUGCUGCCAUUUGUCGAUGCUUUUGCUGUGUGUGCAUGUCUGCCAGGUACAAUUCAGGGCCACACAACUACAAAGGAUUUUGUGGAAAGGACACAGGAAGAAUUCUAUCUAAAGCCAGAAUUAGUGAGGAGAAAACAAGCUGCCAGUUUGUACUUCAUUAAAUGAACUGAGCAGGGAGGGGAACCUGCCUUCCCCAGCAGCUGCAGCAUAGGUGUGUAUGGACUGUGUACCACACAAUUCCAAAGCAUUGUGCAAAGUGACUACCUGCCUUUCUCCCCGGAACCCCAUCUCUUACCAAAGUGAAGGUAAGGAGAUGGAAACUAAACAUUUGUUAAACACAUGUUUACCCAGUAUAUAAAGGAGUGUUUGGCAGAGUCUGAGAGCCAAAGUCAGUCAAGAUUCCGGCUGUGUAGAGAUUCCUCGAAACAGAUCUUAAAAGAUACUGAAAAAAUUUAAACCACAAAGAAUGCUUAUCAAGUACUUGCUAACAGCUUCCAAUUCAUGUUCUAAUUUUUCACAGUGGAAAACAAUGAAUGCCUUAAAAUUUAUUUUAAAUGAUCUUGUUUAGUGACUUCAUGUUUUGCUUGUAGAAAUAAUUUUGCUCUGAAGUAUAAAUCAAGCACGGGGCAAUCUCCCCAGUGUGAAUGCAGUGCAGGGUCCUCAUUCCUCUGCAGACUUCACCACCCAGCAGCAGGAGCUGUGAGUCCUCUAGAAAACCUAAUGCUGGAGGAGAUUUUGUCUAAGGAUUGGACAUGUGCUGCUUUUAAAGCAUAUCACAACAUGGACCUUACUAAGAAAUGGCCAUCACUGCUGCAAAGCAGUGCUUGCCUUCAUUAGCACUCCAUAGUGAGCCCUGUGCAUUUCUGAUAGGUGGAUACUGUAGUCAGUGUUAAACAUGUGUUUGACCUUCCUUUCUUCCCCCUCCUUCCACUCUGUCCCUCCAGGGCUCUCUUAUUUAUGGAAUCUCUCCAAUUAUAGAGAAAACAAAAUAGUAUAAAGUCUCUUAUUUAUACAGAGGUUCUAUGGACUCAGUGCAUUAUUUUUCCCAGGGAUGCCUGAGAAAUUCUAAGAAAGGGCAACAUGACAGACAUGAGCUGGAAGGAAGAGAGAAUUUUUUUUGACAGAAUUUAUAUAAGCUCCAAGUGAUAAGGCUUCUAAGUCCCAGUAUUCCCAGGAUCAUUAACCAAUGAAACAACACUCACUCAACCUGGCAUCUGCAUACCAUCAAGAUGUGUAGCCCUUGUGCUGUUUUGGAAAAAGAGAGCCAGUUAUUAGGUUAUUAGAUCAUUUGCCUUGACCCUAUGCUUUUUUUAAGGACACUAGUGAACACCAGAUUGUUUGUAAUGACUAUCCCUGCUUAUAUUUUGAGGUAUGUGGGUAAGAACUGAAUUUCUGUAUUUCUCAAGGAAAGCUCUGACAAAAUAUUCAGUGAAGUCAAAAGCAACAUGAUGUAAUCUAUUAGGGCAACAGAAGUCUUUCUGAUAUCAUCCACCAAAAGAAAAAAAAUCAACUGUAGUCUGUUGUGAUUUUGACAAUGAGCAGUUUGGAAACUGAAAUGGGUUUGGAGUGUGUGAGCAAGGGGUGGGGGCGAUGGAAGAUCACUAUGUUUUUCUCUUUCACCCAGAGCCAUUGACUGUGUCAUGGGGAGGCAGGGAAAACACAGUGAUUCAUCUGAAGAAGUCAAACACUAUCAAAUGGCUAAAGGUUGUGGACCAUUCAAAUGUCAGUGGUGAAAUGAUGCUUUCAAAGGCGGUUGGAUCUUUCUCCCUUGUUACAUAUGUGUAUGCAGAAACUGCAGCAUCCAUCCUGGAGUGUGAGCCCAAAGCUUCAGAUUCAAGUUAGCCCAAAAGCUAAAUGAUUUCAAGUCAACUUUUAAUGCUAGGCACAAGCAUUCUGUAAUAAGUUAACUUUUUUUUCAACCCAAGCAAUUAGGGAAUGUUUCUAAAACGUUAAACUUGUAUAUGUCACUAAAAUUCUAACACAAAUUUUAAAACAUGUCUCAUAUGUAUGCUGUGCCAGGCUUCAUGAUGCAUUUCUAAAUUUGUGUAUGAUUUGAAUAUAUGAAAGAAUUUAUACAAGAGUGUUAUUUAAAAUUAUUAAUAAAUGUAUAUAAUUUGUACCUAU